UACUUGUGAAAUCUGUAAAUGAUCACAGAGGUCACAUGGUACAAGGCUAUUCACAACAGCCUUGUACCAUGUGACAAGCUGUGACCAAUCACAUCUCUCACAGUAUUUCUCAAUGGCUGCAAGAAAUCACUCAUAUAUACGUGAUUUUGCAUUUCUGGGUAGAGGGCGCACGCAAGCCCUACCCGCGCUGCUAUUCGCAACUGUCAAUCACCGGGUCCUGGCUGGUGAUUACUCGCCAGCGCCCAACGAGCAGAACUGUUUUAUUUACUAACGGUUGUCCUCCCUGUCAGCUCGGGCACACUGCUUUGGA